CGCCCCUCCCCCUUGCAUAAGCGGGAAGGGGAGGCCCCGCCCCGCCCCGGCCGGUCCCGCGCGCGCCGCAGAGAUGCCGCGGGCCGAGGCCGGGACGCUCGGGGCUGAGGAGCCGCUGUCGCCGCUCGCCCGGCAGCGGAUGCAGGAGCACACACCUAAAGAAAACCCCAGUAUGAACUAUGUAUCAGAAAAAGCUGAACGAAGAGCAGUUUUCGGAAAACAAGUGAAAGUUCUUCUCACCCCGUUAUCCAUGGAAGAAGAGAAACGCAACAAACGUCCGCCCCAGAAACGCUUACUAGAAAAGUUUUCUAGUAAUGAAGGACCUUCAGAAAGAGAACCAAAAGUCAAAAAAUCCCGUGAUGAUCCCACAAGUCAGCAAAUAAGAGAUGUAUCCUAUAAGGCUUCUUCCAGUCCACGAGGAGUAAUCCCCAGUAUGUCUUCACUUCAUCAUAAAAGUAGCAUGGUGUCACCCACAAACACCUCCGUUACAGUUGAUCAUGAUUCAGAAAACAAUUGGGAUACAGACAGUGAAGGAAGUAAUUCCGAUGUCUGUCUGGAUGGAUCUUCACAGCUGUCAGCCUAUGAAAGAAAAAGACUAAAGAACAUUACAGAAAAUGCUAAUUUUUUUGCCUCUCUAAAGCUGCUUGAGUCAGCUGCAAGACUUCGCAAAAUGGCAACCAAAGGACAAUCUCAUGGAAUCAAAAGAGUUAAGCCCAAAAAGACAGAAGCUGAGACAGUACGUCGAAGAUCUAUGCGCUUACAAAGAGUAGAUCCAUCAGGAGUUCCAUUGCCAGAAAUUCCAGCACAGCCAGAACCAGUAAUUGAUGAAUAUCCUCAGUUGCCACCUGGACCUCUUCCAAUGGUACCUGCAAAUCAGAGUAAGAGCAGUGAAUUAACGGACACGUUUCUGGAUACAUGGACAAAGAUAAGUCAGAUAAACCCUAAUGAUACUGAAAAACACAUAUGUAACUUAGAAAGAUACAAAGCCAGUCUGAGUCAAAUGAUCCUGAGUGAAGAUGCUGUUACAAAAGUUGUCAAAAAUAGAAUAUAUUCUGUGGCUAUCCAUCCUUCUGAAAACAGGACCUUGGUGGCAGCUGGAGACAAGUCUGGACAGAUUGGGCUUUGGGAUUUGAACUGUAAAUCUGAAGAUGGAGUGUAUGUCUUUAUACCACAUAGUCAACCAGUAAGCUGCAUGUAUUUUUCUCCAUUUAAUCCUGUUCAUCUGCUAUCCCUGAGCCAUGAUGGAACAGUACGAUGUGGCGAUGUUACCAGAGCUGUCUUUGAAGAGGUAUACAGAAGUGAAGAAAACAGCUUUUCUUCCUUUGACUUCUUGGCAGACAAUGCCUCCACGUUGGUGGUAGGACAGUGGGAUGGUGACGUGGCUAUUGUGGACAGACGGACACCAGGAACAACUUCUGAACUUACUGCAAACAUUAAUUCAAAGACAACAAGAACUGUCCAUGUUCAUCCAGUGAACAGACAGUAUUUCAUUGCUGCUGGUGCAGUGAAUGUUUGCAUUUUUGAUACACGAUACCUGAAGCCUAAUGGAAACAAGCCCACAAGCUUUCUCAGUGGACACACAAAGAGUGUUGCUUCUGCAUAUUUCUCACCUAUUACUGGUAACCGAGUGGUGACAACAUGUGCUGAUGAUACGUUGAGAGUCUAUGAUACCAGCUCUUUAUCAUCUACGAUUCCUGUUCUCACUGCUGUCAGGAACAAACAUCCUAGGGCGCAGUGUACUUUGAUUCAUGAAAGGAGGACUUAGUUUAUGGGCCGAUGGUGCCACGACGUGUCCCAUUUGCUGGGAACUGGUAGCAGGUAUCUUCUGGAUCCACCUGGCUAGUUAUUAGGAAGAGUCAUGCCUUCAGGUGUCAAUGAGCAGGCUCAGCACGGAGCGGACUUUGCAGGCAAACCAUCGCCUGAGGGGACAAAAGUAUUGAUAAUGGAAUUGUUCAAACUCGGGGGUCUGGCGGAUAUCACGGAAAAAGGCAGUGUCAAGGUCAGACUCGGUAAGGAUGAUCAGGAGAAGGAGCAAAACAAAGAGGAGUCCAACUGUCACAAGGAGCAAACGGAGGACACUUAAAACAAACUUAUUCACCUGUGCAGCUUGUGUCCCGCCAUUGCCACCAACACCCUGACACAAGGCUUUGAACUCGCCUCCCAUCUCAUCAGCCUCAGUUGCAGUAGGUGUGUUGGCUUCAGACUCCUUUUCUUCUUCAAUGCUGCAGGGGGCGCCGUUGAUCUGCCUGGAGAGCAGCAUCAGCUCCAGGCUGUGUUCUGCCACCGGCGUGGGAAGCACGCUAUCGGCAGGGCUGUACAUCUCAUCGGAGAUGACUGCCACUCUCUCGCUGCUCUCAGCUCUGCUACUCCGCACAUGGGACAUGAAAGUGUCGCUGUGAGAGGUUGAACGCACAGGGGUCGAGUGAGCGCUGUCCCUCAGAGACUCCAGGCCUGGGGAGGGAAAGACAGCAGCGUGAGAGAUGUGCAGGAGCUAGGAGGCCUAGGGGGUUAGUUAGUAGGUGUGAAGCCCUUCUUGUGUAUGGGCUCCUGAGGUGCCGAGUUCUAAACUGCUUU